AUGAGCUACACGUUGGACUCGCUGGGCAACCCGUCCGCCUACCGGCGGGUAACCGAAACCCGCUCAAGCUUCAGUCGCGUGAGCGGCUCCCCAUCCAGCGGCUUCCGCUCUCAGUCAUGGUCCCGCGGCUCGCCCAGCACCGUGUCCUCCUCCUACAAGCGCACAGCGCUUGCCCCGCGCCUCGCCUACAGUUCGGCCAUGCUCAGCUCGGCCGAGAGCAGCCUCGACUUCAGCCAGUCUUCGUCCCUGCUCAACGGCGGCUCUGGGGCCGGUGGCGACUUCAAGCUGUCCCGCUCCAACGAGAAAGAGCAGUUGCAGGGGCUGAAUGACCGCUUCGCGGGCUACAUUGAGAAGGUGCACUACCUAGAGCAGCAGAACAAGGAACUCGAGGUAGAGAUCCAGGCGCUGCGGCAGAAACAAGCCUCACACGCCCAGCUGGGCGACGCGUACCACCAGGAGAUCCGCGAACUGCGGACCACACUCGAGCUGGUGAACCACGAGAAGGCGCAGGUACAGCUGGACUCGGACCACCUGGAGGAAGACAUCCACCGGCUCAAGGAACGCUUCGAGGAGGAGGCGCGGCUGCGCGACGACACUGAGGCGGCCAUCCGCGCACUGCGCAAAGACAUCGAGGAGGCGUCGCUGGUCAAGGUGGAGCUGGACAAGAAGGUGCAAUCGCUGCAGGAUGAGGUGGCCUUCCUGCGGAGCAAUCACGAGGAAGAGGUGGCCGACCUGCUGGCCCAGAUCCAGGCGUCGCACAUCACCGUGGAGCGCAAAGACUACCUGAAGACAGACAUCUCGACGGCGCUAAAGGAGAUCCGCUCCCAGCUCGAGUGCCACUCCGAUCAGAACAUGCACCAGGCAGAAGAAUGGUUUAAGUGCCGCUACGCCAAGCUCACCGAGGCGGCCGAGCAGAACAAGGAGGCCAUCCGCUCUGCCAAGGAGGAGAUCGCCGAAUACCGUCGUCAGCUACAGUCCAAGAGCAUCGAGCUCGAAUCCGUGCGUGGCACCAAGGAGUCACUGGAGAGGCAGCUCAGUGACAUCGAGGAGCGCCACAACCACGACCUCAGCAGCUACCAGGACACCAUCCAGCAGUUGGAAAAUGAGCUUCGGGGCACAAAGUGGGAAAUGGCCCGUCAUUUGCGAGAAUACCAAGAUCUCCUCAAUGUCAAGAUGGCUCUGGAUAUCGAGAUCGCUGCAUACAGAAAACUCCUAGAGGGUGAAGAGACCAGAUUUAGCACAUUUUCUGGAAGCAUCACCGGACCUCUGUAUACACACCGGCUGCCCUCAGUCACAAUAUCUGGUAAGAUUCAGAAAACCAAGGUAGAGGCUCCCAAGCUAAAGGUCCAGCACAAAUUUGUUGAGGAGAUCAUAGAGGAAACCAAAGUGGAAGAUGAGAAGUCAGAAAUGGAAGAUGCCGUGACAGCCAUUGCAGAGGAAUUGGCAAUUUCCGUGAAAGAGGAGAAGAAAGAAGAGGCAGCAGAAAAGGAAGAGGAACAAAAAGCUGAAGAAGAAGUUGUAGCUACCAAAGAGUCUCCAGUGAAAGCUACUGCACCUGAAGUUAAAGGAGAGGAAGAAGGUAAAAAGGAAGAAGAAGGCCAAGAGGAAGAAGAGGAAGAAGAAGAGGGUGCUAAAUCAGACCAAGCCGAAGAAGGAGGAUCCGAAAAGGAAGUGUCUAGUGAAAAAGAGGAAGGUGAGCAGGAAGAAGGAGAAACAGAGGCUGAAGGUGAAGGAGAGGAAAUUGAAGCUAAGGAUGAAAAGAAAACUGAGAAGAAGACUGAAGAAGUGGCUGCCAAAGAAGAGCUGGUGCCAGAAGCCAAGGUAGAAAAGCCAGAGAAAGCCAAGUCCCCUGUGCCAAAAUCACCCGUGGAAGAGGUGAAACCAAAAGCAGAAGCUGAAGCUGGAAAAGGUGAGCAGAAAGAGGAAGAAGUGAAAGUUGAGGAGGAAAAGAAAGAAGCAAAGGAAUCUCCCAAGGAAGAGAAGGUAGAGAAAAAGGAGGAGAAACCAAAAGAAGUGCCAGAGAAGAAAGCUGAAUCCCCAGUAAAGGAGGAAGUUGUGGAGGAGGUAGUCACCAAACCCGUAAAGGUGAGCUUAGAGAAAGAUGCCAAAAAGGAGGAGAAGCCACAGCUGAAGGAGAAGGAGAAGGAGAAAGCAGAAGAAGAGGGAAGGAGCAAGGAGGAAGUAAGUGACCAAGGUUUAAAGGAAUCCACAAAGGAAGACAUAGCUAUAAAUGGGGAGGUGGAAGGAAAAAAGGAGGAAGAGAAGGAAAUUAAGGAGAAGGGCAGUGGAGAAGAGGAGAAAGGGGUAGUCACAAAUGGGUUAGACUUGAGCCCAGCUGAUGAAAAGAAAGGAGGUGAUAAAAGCGAGGAGAAAGUGGUGGUGACCAAAAAGGUGGAAACAAUCACCAGUGAGGGGGGAGACGGUGCUACCAAGUACAUCACUAAAUCUGUAACCGUCACUCAAAAGGUUGAAGAGCAUGAAGAGACCUUUGAGGAGAAACUAGUGUCUACUAAAAAGGUAGAGAAGGUCACUUCACACGCCAUAGUAAAGGAAGUCACCCAGAGUGACUAA